UGGCUGCCCCGCUCUCACUCAUUCUCUGGCUGUCUUUCUUCAAAACUGAAUUUUGGUUUCUUUUCUGUCUCUUUUGUUUGAAAAUGGAUGCUCAGAGUCUCGUGGCCUCGGCAGUAGUCAACAUAGGCUUGGCUUUGAUAAUCCUCUCACUCUUCUCCGUCUUGAAGAAACGGCAUUCCAAUGCCCCUAUCUACUACGCUCGUCUUCUCUCCACACGAGAAAAACCCGUUCCAUCCCAUAACUCACUCACUCUUUCGCGAUUUUGCCCUUCGAUUUCUUGGAUCCGUCGCGCAUAUCGCGUCGACGAAGACAAAAUCCUCCACAUCGGCGGCCUUGAUGCUCUAGUCAUCAUCAGACUCUUCAAGUUUGGUAUCAAAUAUUUUGCGGUCUGCUCUGUUGUUGGAGUUGUAAUACUUGUCCCAAUAAAUUAUUAUUCUGAGGACGAGCCAUCACAAAUCUACCACUCCAUGUAUCCUAUUUCAAUAUCGAAUGUUAAGAGUGGCUCUAACUGGCUAUGGGUCCAUUUUACAUGCUUGUGGUUUAUAACUUUAUAUGGAUUAUACCUACUGUAUAAGGAAUAUGAUGACAUCCUGGUUAAAAGGAUGCAACAGCUCAAGGGGGACAUCAUCAGACAUCGUCCUGAUCAGUUCACUGUUCUUGUUCGGGGAAUUCCCUUGCCCAGUCAACCCAAUAGUACUUAUGGCUCUGAUGUUUCCGAAUUCUUUUCUAGAAAUUAUCCUGGCAGUUAUAAAUCUUAUAAAAUGCUUCAAGUAUCGAGGAAGGAGUUGCCUGUUGCCUUUGUUACUUUUAAUUCCCGGCAGGGGGCUGCACUUGCUGCUCAAUCGCAGCCGCAUUCAAAUCCAAUUCUAUGGACAACUGAGAUGGCUCCAGAACCAAGGGAUGUAUCAUGGACGAAUCUCGCAAUCCCAUUUAAAAUUUUGUGGCUUCGCAGAAUUGGAGCCUUCCUUGCAGCAUCACUUCUUACGAUAUUUUUCACUUUUCCGGUUACAGUAGCCAUUUCCAUGCUUGCUUCUUUUGUGAUUAUACUUGCUUCUUUUGUGAUUAUACCUGGUUGUAACUUGUUAAGAACUAGGUCAGAUAUGCGAGUAAACAGACCAGGAUUAGGUUCUAUUGUGACGGGCUAUCUUCCAAGUGCCAUUCUGAAAGGAUUUAUGUUCCUUGUGCCAUGCACAAUGCUGAAAAUAACAAAAUUUUCUGGUUCUAUCUCAAGGAGUAAAAGGGAGCUAAAGGCCAGUAGCAUGGUGUUUUAUUUUCUUGUGGGAAAUGUGUUCUUUUUAUGCUUGAUAUCAGGGUCGUUACUUGAUGAAAUUGGAGCAUCCUUUGCUCAUCCUGAGUAUUUUCUCAGUCAUCUGGCUAGUGCUGUUUCUGCACAAGCAGAUUUCUUUGUGACAUACAUCUUGACAGAUGGACUGUCAGGUUUUUCUUGGGAGAUUCUGCAGCCUGGCUUACUUUUAUGGGAUGGCAUGAUGUCAUGUAUAUUUGGCCGAGGAACAGAUGAAAAUCCUUAUCUUUAUUCAUUACCCUACUUUAGGGUCAUACCCUUCACCUCGUUGUCAAUUCUUAUUGGUAUGGUAUAUGCCAUUGUUGCUCCGUUGCUGCUUCCUGUUCUUGUGGUCUACUUCUGUCUUGGCUACAUUGUGUACAUUAAUCAGAUUCAAGAUGUAUAUGUACCUACUUAUGAGACAUGUGGUCAGUAUUGGCCAUACAUUCAUCAGUAUAUUUUCUUUGGAAUCAUUCUCAUGCAAAUGACUAUGAUUGGUCUUUUCGGCCUGAAGUCAAAGCCAGUGGCUUCUCUAGCAACAGUUCCACUCUUACUAAUCACUAUAAUGUUCAACGAGUACUGCAAGAGCCGUUUUCUUCCUUCAUUUCGUCUUUAUCCCAUCCAGAUUGCAGUUGAAAAUGAUCUUGAUGAGAAUGCUAGAAAUGCCAUUGACUCUGAAAAUGCAAUCCAUUCCUAUCGCUCACCUCAAUUACCAGCCAAGGGCUCGAUGGAUUCAGAGAGGAACCAACCAUUACUUCCUGCCGGGGGACGUCAGUAACUUUAAUUUUCGUUUCUUUUUUGAACUUUGGACGAUAUUGUUA